AUGGCCUUUGCUCAGGACAUGUACGACCACGCACACAAGUCGUACGGCACCAACGAGGUGCUGCUGUCGUCUGCGAUGGCCGGGAUCGUGUUCGGCCUGUUUUCAGGUACGCCACUGUGUAUCGUGGGAGUCACAGGGCCUAUCUCCAUCUUCAACUACACUGUCUACGAACUAGUGGUGCCUCGAGGAAUAGCGUACUUCCAGUUCAUGUGCUGGAUCUGUCUGUGGAGCAUGGUACUGCAUUUUGCAGUGGCGUUGCUGAACGCCGUCAAUUUCAUGCGUUUCGUCACCAAGUACAGCUGCACGGUGUUUGGACUCUUCAUUAACAUCGUGUACAUCCAAAAAGGAAUCCAAAUCUUGGUGCACCAGUUUUCCAUAAAAGACGAGGUGAGCGGGUUCGCGUCGAUCGUCGUGGCGCUCGUGAUGGGGCUGUUUGGACUCGCGGCCCACUUCUUCAGCACAAAGUCCAACUACGUGCACCCGUUAUUCCGCAAAUUCGUGAAAGACUACGGCACUCCGCUCAGCGUGGUUUUUUUCACAGGCUUUAUCCAUUUUGGAGGCCACCUAAAAUCCGUCGAUUUCGCCAAACUGCCCAUCACACGCUCGUUCCAUCCAACCUCCGCUAAUCGCCCCGACGACUGGUUCAUCCGGUUCUGGCAGGACGUUUCUGUCGGAGACGUUUUUCUCGCCCUGCCGUUCGGCGUGCUACUCACCAUUCUUUUCUACUUUGACCACAACGUCUCGUCGCUAAUGUGCCAGUCCGACGACUUCCCGCUGAAAAAACCAGGCUGUUUCCAUUACGACUUCAUGCUGCUUGGACUCACCACGGGACUGGCCGGGCUGCUAGGGCUCCCGGCCCCCAACGGUCUCAUUCCCCAGGCCCCCUUGCACACAGAGUCUCUCUGUGUGCACAAACACGACUACGAAACAGGCAAGGACAAGAUCGUCAAGGUGGUCGAGCAGCGGCUCAGCAACACCAUCCAGGGGCUCAUGACUCUGGGAAUGAUGUCCAGACCGCUGCUUGUUGUUCUGGGUCAAAUUCCCCAGGCUGUGCUGGCUGGACUGUUCUUCAUCAUGGCCAUUGGGGCCCUAAACGAGAACGAGAUCAUCCAGAAACUACGGUUCCUGUUCACCGACCCAGCAUCCAGGGAGUCAGCCGAUUUUCCGCGAAACUACUUCUUCGUGGACCGCAAAUGGUUCCUGGUGUACCUGGCUCUGCAACUGGUAGCCUUUGGGUUUGAGUUCGGUAUCACGUGCACCAGGGGUGCAGUCGGGUUUCCUGGCGUUCUGAUGUUCUUCAUGGUGCUUGCGAUCUACUUCCCGAAGUUCAUCCCGCCGUCGCAGUUGAAACUGCUCGACUCGCAAGCCGCAGACGACCUCAUUCUGAAAAGUCUCCAGCUCAAGAAAAAUAACUAG